UCUCUUCUCUUCUCAUUGCUUCCAAAGAAAGCUUUUGUGUGUGAGCCGUUUAAAUCAAAACGCAACAAGCCAGUUUCUCUUUCUCUCUCUCUCCUCACUUUCCCGCUACUUCGUGUCGAUCCGAAUGUCUCUACACCUCUUCAAACCCUAAUUCUUUAAUCCAAAAAAAGAAAGACAAAGUUUUUUUCUCUGUUCAGUUUCACUUUCUUAUGAAUACCAAACACUUGUCGCUACUCAUUUCUUUGGCGGUUACAUAGGCUUGACAAUUCAUUGAGAUAAGCCCUAGAAACUGCUUUCGUUAAGUGGUGUUUGGGUGCUCAGAAACUGCGGGAAACGAAGGAAGGCUUGAAGUUUUCUAACGGGACUGAUUCGGAGGAGAGGUGGUGAUCGCGAUCAUGUCGGGAGUUAAGGAGGAGGACUGUAAUGUGGAUUUGAAUAAGGAAGCUGAGUUCGUUUCCAAUUCUUCGGUUUCUGAGAGCAGUUCUGAUACCGCUGCUCUGAGAUCGGCCUCUGCUCAGAAGAGGAUAACUGGUCCGACCAGACGAUCAACAAAGGGAGGAUGGACAGAGGAAGAGGACAAUCUUUUAACUACUGUUGUGAAAAACUUCAAUGGAAGAAAUUGGAAGAAAAUAGCUGAGUAUCUUCAUGGACGGACAGAUAUCCAGUGCUUGCAUCGCUGGCAGAAGGUUCUAAAUCCUGAACUUGUCAAAGGACCUUGGACGAAGGAGGAGGAUGACUGCAUUGUUGAGUCAGUUAAAAAGUAUGGUUGUAAGAGAUGGUCUAUGAUUGCAAAGGCCUUACCAGGCCGCAUAGGCAAGCAAUGCCGAGAAAGGUGGCACAACCAUUUAGACCCAGCUAUAAAGAAAGAUGCAUGGACCAAAGAAGAGGAGGCAAUUCUUACGUACUAUCAUCAACUUUAUGGGAACAAGUGGGCAGAAAUAGCAAGGUUCCUGCCUGGAAGGAAUGACAAUGCAAUAAAAAAUCAUUGGAAUUGCUCAAUAAAGAAGAAAUCGGAGACCAAAUUAGUUGCCCGUUCCACCUUGGAUAAACAUGGAGCUAUCGUUCCUGAUUCCCAAAAUUGUGAAACAAAUUCAAACAGCACGAAGGGCACAGCUGUCAAGCAGAAUCACGGUGAAAUAGUCUCUCUUCAUCAGAAAGACGGGUCAGAGUAUGCUGUUGGGACUUGUUUGACUGAUUUGGUUCUUGGAAAUGCUUAUGGAGGAGAGAAUUGUUUAGAACCAAAAUCUGUUAUCCCUUCAGGAGGGGAUUUAAAUCUGCCAAAUGGAUUUCAGUUUGAUGGUAAAGAUGCCACUGGUACUGCUGUUAUUGGUGAACCAUGCACAGACAAUGACAAUCAUGCAAAUAUGUGUGAACCUUUGUCUAUUCCCUUGGGUCUUCCUGGUUCUGUUAAAAAAAACUGUAAUCCUUGUAAUGCUCCUGAGGCUGUUGCUUCUCUCACUUCUAAGCGAAGACUGGAAUCUCCUAAAAGGCCUUGGACUUAUGAUUUGAGUGUUACAGAUUUGAGAUUUAGUAGUGAAACAGGCGAUUCCCUUUCUAGCCUCUCAGCAUUUCGAUUUGGUGAUGAUGAUACCCAAGUUGGCAAGAAAAGCAAACUUAAUUCAACACCUUUACAGUCAGAGCAUAUAAAGAAUAGUUGGUUUUGUUAUGAGCCAAUACAUUCGAAGGACUUGUUGGUUGCUUCAAAGAACGAUUGUUUUCCAAGUACAGACAACCAUACUAGGUAUUCAAGCAGUCCAUCGUGUGGUUUUACCACUCCCAAAGUUGCACAGAGUGUCUCUAUUAACAGCAGGAGUCCAGAAUCUAUAUUAAGGAGCUCAGCAAUGAGUUUCAGAAAUACUCCCUCUAUUAUAAGAAAGCGAACUUCCCGAAAAUCUAGCAACAACUUUUCUGAUUGCUCCACACCUGCACAAACAGUCCCAUGUACUCAGAAUGGUGAAGAUAUCAACAGCAGCAAAGCUUUUCCAAAUGCAAAGCAGGGUUUGGUUGCUUCCCUCUGUAAACCCGAAGCUCCAGUUUCUGUGAAGACUCUGGGAAGAUGCUUGGAAUAUGCGUUUGAUAUGGAAUGGGAUCCAUCCAGAGUUAAAUGUGGCACCUCAGUUUCUUCGACUGCAACUCCAGAUGUUAAUUUUAGUGCCAACAGAGUCUUGAUACCUUAAGGUGAUUUUGGUAAAUAUAAUUCAAUCCUUUUUUAUUCUUUCCCUUUGCUCGGUUUGAUUUCUGAAUACUGAAGAAGAAGAAAAAACUUGGACAUCACUGCCGCUCACACUCUUUUGCUUUUACAUACUUCUUCAAAUUUAUCUUACUUAUUUUUCAUUUUUAUAUAAUAUUAAAUAAUUUGAAAAUGAAUAAGUUUUUAACUAAUUUUAAUUAUAUUUAAUUUUAUUUCAUGUUUUCCAUGAUAAACCAAACAUUAGAAAUUCAUUUUCUUUAACAUUUUUUCUUUUCAUUAAUACUUUUUGGGAACCAAACCUUUUUACUAUUAGUCUCUUUUCCAUUUUUCUUUGCAUUCAAAUGAAAGCAUAAAUGCAUUUAUCAGUAACUACUGUGAAAUGAACUCACGUAUUGAUGGAUCCCAUCUGGAUGCUGAACCUACAUGCGAAGUAGAGUGUUCUUCUGUAAAUCAUUUUUUACCCUUUGAGAAAAGAAAAAUAUUUGGCAAGAAAAUUUUACUGUUGUACAUAUACUUGAGAAUAGAAGAGCAGUUUCAAUUCA